GAGGCUCCUCGCCCUGCCUUUUAGGAAAGUGCCUCCCCAGCGCGCGGCGCGCACGCCCCUUCCCCUCUUUCUAGGUACCGCGCGUGUUCGUUUUUUUUUUUUUUUCCGCGAAGUAACUUUUGCAUUCCCGCCUCCCCCGAGUCCUGGGGACCAGAGGCGGUGCCGAGCCUGGGGGCGGUUCUUCGGCAGCGUAGAUUCUUGUCAGAGCCAGACUUUUGCUCCUGGGCUCGGUUUGCAUCAUCCCCAUCACACCCUCUGGAGAGAGGAGCCAGCCCCCUUUCAGCCUCAGCUUCCGGCACGGAGCCGACCCCUCCCCCUCCCAGGCCCCUUCCCCUUCCCCGUCCUUCUGUGGCCCCCCGCAUCUUGUUAGUCUUCUCCCUCCACUCCGCAGAAUUUUCUUUCUCUCUCCCUUCUCUCCUCCAUUCGUCGUUUUAUGUUUUCCACUCUUUGAGGAAGGAUGGUUGAUUUGGAGAGCGAAGUGCCCCCUCUGCCUCCCAGGUACAGGUUUCGGGAUUUGCUGCUAGGGGACCAAGGAUGGCAAAACGACGACAGGGUACAAGUUGAAUUCUAUAUGAAUGAAAACACAUUUAAAGAGAGACUAAAGUUAUUUUUUAUCAAAAACCAGAGAUCAAGUCUAAGAAUUCGUCUAUUCAAUUUUUCUCUCAAAUUAUUAAGCUGCUUAUUAUACAUAAUCCGAGUGCUACUAGAAAACCCUUCACAAGGAAAUGAAUGGUCUCAUAUCUUUUGGGUGAACAGAAGUCUACCUUUAUGGGGCUUACAGGUUUCAGUGGCAUUGAUAAGUUUAUUUGAAACAAUACUACUUGGUUAUCUCAGUUAUAAGGGAAACAUCUGGGAACAGAUUUUACGAAUACCCUUCAUCUUGGAAAUAAUUAAUGCGGUUCCCUUCAUUAUCUCAAUCUUUUGGCCUUCCUUAAGGAAUCUAUUUGUCCCCGUCUUUCUAAACUGUUGGCUUGCCAAACAUGCCUUGGAAAAUAUGAUUAAUGAUCUGCACAGAGCCAUUCAGCGUACACAAUCUGCAAUGUUUAAUCAAGUUUUGAUUUUAAUAUCUACAUUACUAUGCCUUAUCUUCACCUGCAUUUGUGGAAUCCAACAUCUGGAACGAAUAGGGAAGAAGCUGAAUCUCUUUGACUCCCUUUACUUCUGCAUUGUGACAUUUUCCACUGUGGGCUUUGGGGAUGUCACCCCUGAGACAUGGUCCUCCAAGCUUUUUGUCGUUGCCAUGAUCUGUGUUGCUCUUGUGGUUCUACCCAUACAGUUUGAACAGCUGGCCUAUUUGUGGAUGGAGAGACAAAAGUCAGGUGGAAACUAUAGUCGACAUAGAGCUCAAACUGAGAAGCAUGUUGUUCUGUGUGUCAGUUCACUGAAGAUUGAUUUACUUAUGGACUUUUUAAAUGAAUUCUAUGCUCACCCAAGACUUCAGGAUUAUUAUGUGGUGAUUUUGUGUCCUACUGAAAUGGAUGUGCAAGUUCGAAGGGUACUGCAGAUUCCAAUGUGGUCACAAAGAGUAAUCUACCUUCAAGGCUCAGCCCUUAAAGAUCAGGAUCUGUUGAGAGCAAAGAUGGAUGAUGCUGAGGCCUGUUUUAUUCUGAGCAGCCGUUGUGAAGUGGAUAGGACAUCAUCUGACCACCAAACAAUUUUGAGAGCAUGGGCUGUAAAAGAUUUUGCUCCAAAUUGCCCUUUGUAUGUCCAGAUAUUAAAGCCUGAAAAUAAAUUCCAUAUCAAAUUUGCUGAUCAUGUUGUUUGUGAAGAAGAGUUUAAAUACGCCAUGUUAGCUUUAAACUGUAUAUGCCCGGCAACAUCUACACUUAUUACACUACUGGUUCAUACCUCUAGAGGGCAAGAAGGCCAGCAAUCGCCAGAACAGUGGCAGAAGAUGUACGGUAGAUGCUCUGGCAAUGAAGUUUACCACAUUGUUUUGGAAGAAAGUACAUUUUUUGCUGAGUACGAAGGAAAGAGUUUUACAUAUGCCUCUUUUCAUGCACACAAAAAGUUUGGCGUCUGUUUGAUUGGUGUUCGGAGGGAAGAUAAUAAAAACAUUUUGCUGAAUCCAGGUCCUCGAUAUAUUAUGAAUGCUACAGAUAUAUGUUUUUAUAUUAAUAUUACCAAAGAAGAGAAUUCAGCGUUUAAAAACCAAGACCAGCAGAAAAGAAGCAAUGUACCAAGGUCAUUUUAUCAUGGACCUUCUCGAUUACCUGUACAUAGCAUAAUUGCCAGCAUGGGUACUGUGGCUAUAGACUUGCAAGACACAAGCUGUAGAUCAACAAGUGGCCCCACCCUGUCUCUUCCUACGGAGGGAAGCAAAGAAAUCAGAAGACCUAGCAUUGCUCCCGUUUUAGAGGUUGCAGAUACAUCAUCAAUUCAAACAUGUGAUCUUCUAAGUGAUCAAUCAGAAGAUGAAACUACACCAGAUGAAGAAAUUUCCUCAAACUUAGAAUAUGCUAAAGGCUACCCACCUUAUUCUCCAUAUAUAGGAAGUUCACCCACUUUUUGUCAUCUCCUUCAUGAAAAAGUGCCAUUUUGCUGCUUAAGACUAGACAAGAGUUGCCAGCAUAACUACUAUGAGGACGCAAAAGCCUAUGGAUUCAAAAAUAAGCUAAUUAUAGUUGCAGCUGAAACAGCUGGAAAUGGAUUGUAUAAUUUUAUUGUUCCUCUCAGGGCAUAUUAUAGACCAAAGAAAGAACUUAAUCCCAUAGUACUGCUAUUGGACAACCCGCCAGAUAUGCAUUUUCUGGAUGCAAUCUGUUGGUUUCCAAUGGUUUACUACAUGGUGGGCUCUAUUGACAACCUAGAUGAUUUACUCAGGUGUGGAGUGACUUUUGCUGCCAACAUGGUGGUUGUGGACAAGGAGAGUACCAUGAGUGCGGAGGAAGACUACAUGGCAGACGCCAAAACGAUUGUAAAUGUGCAGACCCUUUUCAGGUUGUUUUCCAGUCUCAGUAUUAUCACAGAACUUACUCACCCAGCCAACAUGAGAUUCAUGCAAUUCAGAGCCAAAGACUGUUACUCUCUUGCUCUUUCAAAACUGGAAAAGAAAGAACGAGAGAAAGGUUCUAAUUUGGCCUUUAUGUUUCGGCUGCCUUUUGCUGCUGGGAGGGUGUUUAGCAUCAGUAUGUUGGACACUCUUCUCUAUCAGGACUGGACUUCAUCUUUAGUUUCCAGAAAAUACUCCGUUAACCACCUGAAGUCUCAGAUAUCCAUCAGUGUAGAAGAGUGGGAAGACACCAAAGACUCCAAAGAACAAAGUCAUCACCGAAGCAACCACCGCAACUCAACUUCCAGUGACCAGUCAGACCAUCCCUUACUGCGGAGAAAGAGCAUGCAGUGGGCCCGAAGACUGAGCAGAAAAGGUCCAAAACACUCUGGUAAAACAGCUGAGAAAAUAACCCAGCAGCGACUGAACCUCUACAGGAGGUCAGAAAGACAAGAGCUUGCUGAACUUGUGAAAAAUAGAAUGAAACACUUGGGUCUUUCUACAGUGGGAUAUGAUGAAAUGAAUGAUCAUCAAAGUACCCUCUCCUACAUCCUGAUUAACCCGUCUCCAGAUACCAGACUAGAGCUGAACGAUGUUGUAUACUUAAUCCGACCAGAUCCGCUGGCAUACCUUCCAAACAGUGAGCCCAGUCAAAAAAACAGCAUCUGCAAUGCCGUGGCUCAAGACUCUCGGGAGGAAACUCAGCUUUGAUAAAAGGAAAAUAAGAGACCCUUUUUCCCUACAAAAAUCUUGCUUGAAACCACUCUAAAUCUUAGGGGAAGAAUGAGUGGUGCUGGCAUGAAAGAAACAUGAUCAGAAUAUAUUCAGUUCUCUCGUAUUAAAAGCAAUCUAUUCUCUUAGAAGUCUAGAUUAUUUUGAAAUUUAAAGUAUUGCUUAUUGGUACUCCUCCUAUUAAUCUGAAAGACAUCAAUGGAAUGAUUUUAAAAACCUAAAUUAAAACCAAAAAUUUAAAUCGGGUAUUUGUUUGACAAUAAUCCAAACUUUAAGAAGCUAAUAUUUAAAAGUAUUAAGGUUUUAUGAAAGUAAACAGAAAAUCCAACUAUAUUUGGUGCAUCACAAUGGACAUAGAAGAUUGUGGCUCCUCUUAAAAAUUAAAGUCAUAUUAUAUUCUUUAAACUUGCCGUUUUAUAAAACUGAGCUCAUCAUAAAUGUCUAGCAUCUACACAAAGAUUAACCAACAAACUUGUGUGGCUGACUUUUGUGUAAGACUCAUAGUUUGCUUUAGAGUAUAAAUCUUUAAAUCAUUUUAACCUUUUUUGUUGCCUUUUCAUAUGAUAUCAUAUUCAUUUUAGAAUUUGAGAUGUUCACAGCAUGUUUUAAAACAGUGAGGAAACCAAAACAAACAAAAAAAUAUCAAGUACCUGAACUUUUUGCUAACUUUAUGUCUGACACACAUUGUAUGCCAAGAAAAGUGUUAAAAAGCAAAUAUUUAUUAUUCUCCUAAAAGAAUGCCUAACAGAGAAAAUACUAAAAACACAUAUGUUGACUUAAAUUGAAGCCAAGAAUUAAAACAUUAACUGGUUUUCAUUAGGCUCUUGAGCUUUAACAUUUUCAUAAUCUAUAUAGUGUAUUUCAUUAGAAAGAGACUUUAAAAUUCAAUCAGGCAAAAUUAUACCUUUUAUGGAAUAGAAGGACAUUCUAAAACAUUAAAAGUCCUCCUCUAUGCUUUAGUAUUGAAAUACUCACACGCAAAACAAUGGUAUGUUAAAAAAUUUGAUUUAAUUUUGAAAAAUCAUCUGUAGGACAUAGGUUUUAACACUGUGAGGAAAAAACAUGUAGUGAAGAUAGGUAGUUUUUGCCAUUGAAAUUUAAUAUAAAUCAUGAAGAAUUUUACAGUUAUAAAUUAAAUAUAAAUUGACCCUUGGUGUUAUUUUAUUGCUUUAUUCCCCUUCAGAAAUAGACUGAAAAGCACAAGAGCAGAGUUUGCCUUGUAGUUGGAAUGUGUUAAGGUAUUCCCAUGAGAGAGAUAUUGAUAAAUUUAAAAAGAUAUUUUUCCUCUAAUUUUGUAUUUUAAAAAAUUUCUGGCCUUGACAUUGAAUUUUAAUUUCACAAAAAAUUGGACAUAUAAGACUAGGAAGAGACAUUUUCUUUUUCCUUUUCACAAAGAAGCAGAUAGGUUGGAAAGUCAGUAGAAGAAUUAAAAAAAAAAAAAA